AUGAACUUCUUCCGCCGCUCCUCGAGCAUCAGCUCCACCCACUCCCACACGUCAACCUCAAGCAACACCCUCACCACACCCCGCACAAGCACCGACUCCCUCCCCCUAGAAGCCACCAUCGUCCUCCGCAAACAACCCCCCCUCCUCGCCCUCCCAGUAGAACUCAUCCAGCACAUAACCACCUACCUCGACGCCCCCUCCUCCGCCUCCCUCUGCCUCUGCACCCGCUACCUCAGCUACGCGCUCGGCACCGCCCCGCUAACCGGGCACCUCGAAGCGGCGAAAACGCGGUUCGAGCGGCGCUCCAUCAUCGAAGGCGUGGUGGAGCGUGCGUUCCCCGGACACUGGUUCUGCGCGUGGUGCGACGUGUUCCACGCCUGGGACGCGUCGACAAGCCCAAGCAAUAUAUUAGAAAAGCACCGCGACUGCGCGGCGUUCAACAGCUACCUCCCCGCCGGCGAGAGAUAUACAUACACACUAGCAUACCACCACAUCCGCCUGGCCCUCGCACACCACGCUCUCGGCCCAGAGUACGGUAUCCCCCUCUCCGCGCUAUCCUACACGCAAACCUCCUCCCCGCUCCUCUGGCGCACACCCAUCCCCCAAACCCUCAGCAUCGAAGCCCGCAUCUCCCCAACCCCAGAACCACACAUCCUCCUCCGCACCACCCUCACCCUCUCCCUCCCCACGCGCCUCCUCCCCCACAAAUCCCUCCUCCCCACACUCUGGCCUCUCCUCCCCCCCAUCCUAACAUCCCACCGCGCAACCCCAAACGGACACACAGGCCUCAUGGCCGCCCUGGACAACGUGCUGCGCCGCGGCUGGGUCUAUCCUGCCACCCAGCUGUGUAGCUGCUGCGCGACGGAUUGGAGUGUGCAUGUCCAUGCGCUGCCGGGCGGGGAGUGGGUGAGGCUUGUGGUGAGGACGUGGAGGGAUUUGGGGGAGGGGGGGAGUCCGUUUGAGGGGGUGUGGAGGGCGCAUGGGGUUGGGAAGUCUUCUGGAGGGAUGGGGGGGGAGGUGGUGAGGUUGGUGGGGGGGAGGGCGGGGGAUGUUAGGAGGGGGUUUGAUGGGGCGGAUGAGGAUGGGGUGGUGGAGAGGAGGGGGAGGCGUGAGGGGGAGGUUGGGGUUGAGGAGACGCUGUGGACUCGUGCGCGGCCGCGGUCUUGGCGGACGCGUAGUGAGAAUGAGGAUGCGCGGAGGCGGGAGGUGGAGUAUCGUGCUGCGCUGGCGAGGGGGGCUGCGGAGAGAUUGGUUAGACUUGAUGCCGAGGGGAGGUUGUAG